AUGGAAACUGUAGAAAUGAAUAGCAUAUCCUUGAAACGUCCUCACUCUGAGGAUGAUGUGGCUAAUGCAGAUGAAAUUAAAAGACAGAAGUUCUCAGAGAAGUCUAAGAUGGGGAAUGACUCUGGGCAGAGCAUUGAGACUGUAACAGAACAACCUGACAAACCUCUGCUUGAGGUCACGAAAAAUGAAAUAAUUCCCAAUGAGGAAAGCGAGGAGCAGGAAGAUGAGGAACUAGAAGACAGUGAUGAAGAUGGAGAUCCAGAGAGCUUUGCAGACAUGAUGAAGCAUGGACUGACAGAAAGUGAUGUUGGCAUAACUAAAUUUGUUAGCUCUCAUAAAGGGUUUUCUGGAAUCUUAAAAGAGAGAUACUCGGACUUUGUUGUCCAUGAAAUAGGCAAAGAUGGACGUGUGAGCCAUUUAGAUGACUUUUCUGUUCCAGUGGAUGAUGAGGACCCAUCAGAAGAAACAUUUACAGUUUUGUCAGAAGACGACAAGCAGCGUUUAGAGGAGCUCCAGCUUCUUAAGAAUAAGGAAACUAGUGUUGCCAUAGAGGUAAUUGAAGACACCAAAGAAAAAAGAACAGUUAUCCACCAGGCUGUGAAGUCCUUGUUUCCUGGACUGGAGACUAAAACAGAAGAUCGAGAUGGAAAAAAGUACAUUAUUGCUUAUCAUGCUGCUGGGAAAAAAGCACUGGCAAAUCCAAGAAAACACUCUUGGCCAAAAUCUAGGGGAAGCUACUGCCACUUCGUACUGUACAAGGAAAACAAGGAUACUAUGGAUGCUAUUAAUGUCCUAUCCAAAUUUUUAAGAGUGAAGCCGAACAUAUUUUCCUACAUGGGAACUAAAGAUAAAAGGGCUAUAACAGUUCAAGAAAUUGCUGUUCUUAGAAUCACUGCACAGAGACUUGCUCAUUUGAAUAAAUGUUUGAUGAACUUCAAAUUAGGAAAUUUCAGUUACAAGAACCAUCCACUGAAAUUAGGAGAACUGCAAGGAAACCAUUUCACUGUUGUUCUCAGAAACAUAACAGGAACUGAUGCCCAGAUAGAGCAAGCAAUGCACUCUCUCAGGGAAAUUGGAUUCAUUAAUUACUAUGGAAUGCAAAGAUUUGGAACUACAGCUGUUCCUACAUAUCAAAUUGGCAGAGCUAUUCUACAGAACAAUUGGAAUGAAGUAAUGGAUUUGAUAUUAAAACCACGACCAGGAGCUGAAAAGGGAUACUUAGUAAAAUGCAGAGAAGAAUGGGCAAAGACUAAAGAUCCAGCAGCAGCCCUCAAGAAACUACCUGUAAAAAGGUGCGUGGAAGGACAGCUUCUACGUGGACUCUUAAAAUACGGAAUGAAGAACAUAAUCUCUGCGUUUGGCAUAAUACCGAGAAAUAAUCGUUUAAUGUAUAUUCAUAGCUACCAGAGUUAUGUGUGGAAUAAUAUGGUGAGCAAGAGAAUAGAAGAAUACGGGCUUAGAGCUGUACCAGGAGAUCUCACACUUAAAGGAGCCACAGCUGUUCAUAUUGAAGAGGGAGAUGUUGAUAACUACACUAUCCACGAUGUAGUGAUGCCAUUGCCUGGAUUUGAUGUUAUUUAUCCAAAGCAUAAAAUUGGUGAGGCCUACAAGGAAAUGUUGGUAGCUGACAAUCUUGAUAUCAACAACAUGAGGCACAGGAUCAGAGAUUACUCACUUUCUGGAGCAUACAGAAAAAUUAUCAUUCGACCUCAGAAUGUCAGUUGGGAGGUCGUUGCAUAUGAUGAUCCCAAAAUCCCAUUAUUUACUACGGAUUUGGAUAAGCUGGAAGGAAAACCAUUACCAGUUCUUCCUACAGAUGGUAAAUUCAGGGCACUAAAGAUGGAGUUCUCCCUUCCCCCAUCCACUUACGCUACCAUGGCCAUUCGAGAAGUUUUAAAAAUGGACACAAGCAUAAAAAACCAGACACAACUGAAUACUACCUGGUUACGCUGAAUGAACUGCAAAAACUACUUAGAUUUUAACAUAUAUAAAGUGUUUUCCUAUUUACAUGAUCUGUACAAAUCUUUAAAGACUGGUAGUAAGAGAUUUGUAUUUUUUAAAGUUUUUAUUAGUGCUAGCAUUUAACUUCAGUAGUCAUUUGCAAGAUGGUUGUAAUAUAAUACAGAUCUUAGUGACUGGUGCUUUUUAAUGACUAAGUUGCUUGAACUGUCAUGUGGGCGCAUCUGUAAGAAAUGGGCUUAGUUUCAGCCUUGGAAGAAUG